CACAAUGAAAAAUCUCACCGCAUUGACUGACUUCAUUCUUCUGGGGUUGACAGAUGUCACUGAAUUCCAGGUUGUACUUUUUUUCUUCCUUGUUCUCAUUUAUAUAUCCAGUAUCAUCAGCAAUCUGACCAUUAUCACUCUUACUCUAUUGGACUCCCACCUCCAGACCCCCAUGUAUUUCUUCCUUUGGAAUUUUUCCAUCUUAGAAAUUUUCUACAUAUCUAUUUUUACUCCCAGAAUUUUAAACAGCAUUAUAACAGGGAACAAAACCAUCAACUUUAUGUGCUGCUUCCUUCAGUACUUUUUUGCUAUGUUUCUAGGAGCCACAGAGUUUUAUCUUCUUCCUGCCAUGUCCUAUGACCGCUAUGUUGCCAUCAAAAAACCCCUGCAUUAUACAACCAUCAUGAACAAUAGAGUCUGCACCUCACUUGUCCUUUGCUCUUGGUUGGCUGGGUUUUUGAUUGGUGCCCCAGCAGUGUUAAUGGCAAGUUUCUUGGACUUCUGCUCAUCCAACACAAUAAAUCAUUAUUAUUGUGAUACUACUCCCCUUCUGAAGCUCUCUUGCUCAGACACAGGCCUUGUAGAGUUGGUUCAUUCUCUCUUAGCCAUAGUGACACUGAAGACCACCUUAGGAUUAGUUAUUUUCUCCUACUCAAAUAUCAUCCAGACAAUCCUCAGAUUUCCUUCCGCCCAGCAAAGAAAAAAGGCCUUUUCUACCUGUUCAUCCCAUAUGAUUGUCAUUUCUUUCUCCUAUGGCAGCUGCCUCUCUAUAUACAUUAAACCCUCAGCAAAGGAAGAUUCCACUUUCCAAAAGUAA